UGGAAAGCCGAUUUGGAUGCAGUGUAAAAUUGAAACCGUUUUGCUUCAAUCCAAGAGUAUAGUGAAAUAACCAAAUACAACCUAUUUCAUUAUAAAUUUAAAGUGAAUUUUCAGUCUUUAAUAGUUUGGUGUACUUUAUUGCUUAUAAAAGUGGUGGAAAAUGUUGGGUGCCUGACAGGCAGUGUUAUUUGACUUGUGGAAGACCAGGGAUCAAUUGUGUUAACAACAAAGAGAAGAUAGCAAGAUGUUUCAGAAACAAACAUUUGGUGCGAGCACUUCUGCUUUUGGUACAUCAACAACACCAUCUUUCGGUAGUUUCAAGCCGACAACUGGUACUAAUGCGUUCGGCGCACCUCCGGCAUUUGGAGCCACGGCAACGCCUCAACCAGCUACUGGUGGAGGUCUAUUCGGCUCCACCAACACCACGGGUGGCCUAUUUGGUAGUUCUCCAGCAUCUACUUCGACCCCCGCUUUCGGUGCAACAACAGGCGCCUUCGGGUUUGGAGCCAAUACAUCUACUGGUGGCCUAUUUAGUAACAACCAGUCGACCGGCCUAUUCGGCAAUACCCAGAAUACUUCCGCUUUCGGGGCAAAGCCUGCAGGUUUUGGAUUCGGUAAUACAUCGACAACGGGUACGACGGGAACUGGUCUAUUCGGUUCCACUCCGUCUACAAGUACUGGGUUAUUCGGCCAGCAGAAUACUACCUUAGGGGGUGGUGGCCUAUUCAAUAAUACUGCCGGUGCAUUCGGACAACAGCAAGCUCCGACUGGUACUGGACAUGUGAAAUACAAUCCCGUUGUGGGCACGGAUAUGGUGGUCAAGUCUGGCACCUCGCAGAAUGUUAACAUAAAACAUCAUUGUAUAACUUGUAUGAAGGAAUAUGAAGGUAAAUCUCUGGAGGAGCUGCGGCUUGAGGAUUACACGGCGGGACGUAAAGGCGCCUCCGCUGGUAUGUUCUCCAGCUUCCAGCAGCCGACUGAGAACAAACCAUUGUUUGGUGGAUCUACAUUUGGUCAACCUGCUACAACUAGCGCUCCUCUAUUCGGAGGUGGUUCUUUGGGAUCUACUGGUUUUGGACAGACGAAUACGUUUGCGUUUGGUGGAAAUACACCAAAUCAAACAACAUCUACAGGUUUAUUUGGUAAUAAGCCUGCGUUCGGAGCUACUAGCACAACUGGUACUGGUAUUUUCGGUGCAUCAACAACUCAAGCACCAACUUUUGGUACAACAACACCCAGCUUUGGUGCCUUUGGUUCGACCACUCAGAACCAACAACAGAGCACCGGUCUGUUCGGCAAGCCAGCUACCACUGGAUUCGGUACGACACCCGCCAGCACUGGCUUUGGUGGCUUCGGCGGAGGACUGUUCACCGCCAAGCCGCAGCAGACAACUGCACCCACUUUUGGCACCUCCGCUCCCUCUGCUUUUGGCAAUUUGUCGACGGGUUUCGGUACGAACACCUCGAAUUCCGGUUUCUUCAGUAACUUCGGCAAACCGAAUACAACACCGAUGUUGGGUGGACAGACACAGAAUACUGGCUUUGCGACUGGUCUAGGCGGAGGUCUGGGCACAUCAUUCCAGGCAAAGCCGGCUGCUGCGCCCGCUUUCAGCAAUCUCGGCACCGGCUCACUGUUCGCACAACCUCAGCAGAAUAAUACAUUCAGGACUGGUCUGGACAGUGGUCUAGGUAACAGUAUGUUUGGUGCGACUCCUUCACUUGGCACUGGUUUGUCUCUUGGAGGUUUCAAUGCUAACACUACACAAGCACUCGGCGGCGGCAGUGCUGCGGGCGGUGGUGUUCACGAGCAGAUAUUGACUCUAGCUGCACGACCUUAUGGUGACUCUCCGCUGUUUAAGGAUCUGCUGCCUGAUUCUGGUGCAUCAGCGGAAGAAGCAUUAAAACCAACGAAUCCAGCUGCAUUGAAGGCGGCUCUGGACACCGCGUACAAAGUUGCCUCACCAACCUCCGGCAGACUCAGAGUUAUACCAAGACCUUCUAUACCACAUGAUAAGAAAUCAUUGUUUGACGGAUUAGAAGAAUCAGAUCCGAGUUUGGAAGACAAGUUAUCUUUGAAACCAAGUCGUAAACGAUUAGUACUGAGACCAAGUGCGGUUAGAAAUGAUGCCAGAGAUGCUGAGAGUACUGUUGAUAGUGUUAAUAGGUCUUUGGAAGAAACAUCUCGUGCGGAGGCGACGAGCACAGAGAGAGAUGCACACGAUGGUCCACCUUCUACAUCUGAACAGAGAAAUGAUGUUAAUAAUUCUGAAGUGAAUAUUGAAAAACACACCAGUUGGCUAAGUGGUAGUAAAGUAUCUUGGGCUGAGAAAGAAAAGCCAGCUGAUGCUGAAACUCCAAGACUUUAUCCUAAUUUGGAUAAAGAAAUGCCCGAAGUAUCCGAAAGGCGUGCCAGUUGGUUGACAACUAAGCCACUACGCAAGCCUUUAGCUUCUAAUUCGGAGGCUGCGGAGAAUUCUGUGCGAGAGUUAGCAGUGCGGCCGCAGAGGUCCUUGGACAAGGAAAAUGUAGACUCCAGUUCUGUAUCUGAAGAAGAGAACGUAAUAGAACAAGAGGCACCUCCUCAUCCAGCCGGCAUCAAACUGCAGCGUCCCGGAUAUUAUACAAUACCGUCUCUAGAAGACUUGAAAGAUUACAUACGUCCAGAUGGCUCUUGUGUUGUUCCUAAUUUUACCAUCGGACGUAAGAACUAUGGGAAAGUGUUCUACGAUUGUGAAAUGGACGUUGCUAAUCUUGAUUUGGAUACGUUGGUACAUUUUUUGAACAAGGAAGUGAUCAUAUACCCGGAGGAUGCAGACAAGCCGCCAAUAGGCCAGGCUUUGAAUCGCAAAGCUGUCGUCACUUUGGACCGCGUGUGGCCGCGCGACAAGACACAGAGACGACUUAUCGUUGAUCCUGACAGGCUCAUGAAAAUGGACUACGAAGGUAAAUUGAGACGAGUCUGUGAGAAACACGAGACGAAAUUCAUAGAGUACAGACCACAGACUGGAAGUUGGGUGUUCCAAGUGGAACACUUCAGUAAGUACGGUCUGACGGACUCUGAUGAGGAAGACGAACCCACUCCAGAUGUGUUGAAACGACAGUUGGUGAAUCAAACGCUGCAGAAGACGGCUGCUCCUGGUAAAGUUUACUUCUUGAUACUUCUAGAUGAUAUGCUAGAGAAGGAAGUUAUCAGAUCACCUAAGCAGCCAGUUGCUGUCCAACCGGCAGGACUUGGGGGUUUAGGGGGUCUCGGAGGAGUUGGGGGUCUCGGAGGAGUUGGGGGUCUCGGAGGAGUUGGUGGUCUCGGAGGAGUUGGGGGUUUGGGGGGUGUUGGAAGUCACAUUGGCUUGGGAGGUCUGUCAACGCUACCGGGUACCAGUUCUCAAGAUGACAUGUUCUUACAACGCUCUUCUCUCGAUCUACUAAAUGGCACUGAGAAAGGAUUUGAAAUGGAUACAACAGAGGACUGCACUGAGGCGCCGUCGUUAUAUCCGGAUAGUUUAGCAUUCGGUGUGAAGAGUCCUACAAGUGAAUUAGCCAAACUGGAACAUCGCGGCAGUCACAGCGUACAACUCAUGAAGGCUUCCUUGUACGCUGAUAUUGGUGACGCAGAUGAUGAUAUGUCUCAGACUACAGAAGAUCAACUGGUGCCUUUAGGUGGUCUGGUGAUGUCUCUACCUUCCAUCACCCAGCAACCUUCACGUGAUGAGCUGCCCAUCAUCAGCCAACCUACUGUAGCUACUGAAGAAGCCAUAAUGAAACCUUUGAUAGUACGACCGCAGAGUAUUGUGUUGAAAUAUCACAGAAAGAUUCCACCAUUUAAGAAAACUAUUGCAGGUCGUUUAGACGCAUCAUGUCUCGCUGACUUAUCAAUAAGUCGAGCUCGUCAUUCACGUGUUGGCUUUGGUCCUCGCAACACACUCGCAUACGUCACAACGUAUGAUGCUGUAUCUAAUCUGCCUAAAUUAACGGAAUGGACAGAAUUAGGUAACUAUGUGCUCGGACGCAGUGAAAAUGAUUGGAGUGAAUCUGUAGUAACUAGACUGGCUAUUGGCCGCGAGUCUCCUUAUAUAGAGGAGGCGCUGCCGCGACAAAUGGAAAGUUUGCUAGAGCUCAGUCGUGCGGUGGACGUCGAAGAGGGCGGAUGUCCACGUCUCGAGCUCUCCACUCAACCGGAGACAAGACGGAGACUGUUGGCUAAGUUCUUGGAACAUGCAAAGUGUGAAGUCAGCAACACAUAUAGACUACAGGUUUGGAAAUUAUGCGACGCGCUUUGGGGAGCAGAUCUGGAUAAUGGCGGUGUUCCCGGUACAGAUGUGCCUUCAAUAGUUUAUAGACAUAAACAGUUUCUGAGCUGGUUACAAGAUGCAGCCUCUGAUGUUACUCAGCAGGAAUUGAAGAUGUCAGUCUCACCUGAUCCUUUAGAUGUGAGCGACGGUCACAGUGCUCGUGUAUGGACACUACUGGUGGGUGGACGAGUGACUGAAGCUUGCCAGUUGGCGAGACAGCACGGUGACUUGCACAUGGCCAUGUUACUGGCACAAGCUAGUGGUGACCAAACAUUCCGUUCACUGAUAGCUAAGCAAUUACAAUUGUGGCGUGAAUGUGGCGCUACACAAGUGAUAGCACAUUAUAGACAUGCUAUACUGGAAUUAUUAGCUGGAAUACGACCUAGAGGUGAACUGGAAAAACUGGACUGGAUUCGAGCGCUGCAUGUUACUGCCAAAUACCUCUGCCCUCAAGUGCCACAUCUGGAGCAAGUCAUCAGAACGUACGAGGGUUACUUCAGCAGCUCUGAUGAUGAGGUGGAUCUGGGCAGUGUGGAAGUUGAUGAGAUGGGAAUGGCGGUGCCACAGCCUCCGUAUACUGAUGACUUUGAGAUUAGUUUUAAUAAUACCAGUCGUCGUCCAUUAGACGUGAGAUACGAGUUGAUUCGUGCGCGUGCGCUCUCUCGCCGUCCACGACUUCAGCCGCACAACUAUACAGUAGAUCCGAUGGAUUAUAGCCUCAGUUUUCUACUUGGUUCUUGGCUGGGUCAUCCAACAGUGGACAGUAUAAAAGGUGUAGCGGAACAAUUAGAAGCAAGAGGAUAUUGGCAAUUAGCAAUACAAGCGUUAGCUUAUCUACAAAAUACCACCAUGCGUGGUCAUUUAAUCCGUGGGGUACUAUCACGGAAUGCGGCCAUCAGACGUGGUGAUGAGGAACCUGAACUUAGUCUACUGGACAAAAUGAGAAUACCAAAGGAAUGGAUAUUAUUAGCGCAAGCUGAUAGAGCUAAAUAUGAGCAUCAACCAAAAUUAGAAGUGGAGUAUUUAGUUGGUGCAAGACAAUGGAAUGCAGCUCAUAGAGUGUUGGUUGAACAAAUACUCGCUGAUUGUGUAUUAUCUGAUAACAUCCAAAGUAUUCGUUCUCUACUAAUAAAGAUGAGUGAAGCUGCGCAAAGACAUGAGAUCAGCGGCUGGGAGUGUGGCGGGAAAGCGUUAUAUCAUUAUAUGCAUGUCUGUGAUGAGGUGCGUGGUGUAGUGUCAGCGGCGGAGGGCGGAGCACCCGGCGGGGUCGCGCUGCAGACGCGGCUGGAGGCGCUGCGCCCCACAAUAGCGGCGGCAUGUCUCGCGCUGGAGAAACUUACACCUAAGAAUGGCAGACAGGCGGCCGCGCGCGCUGAGAUGGGCGGGCGGCUGGUGCAGCUGGCGCUGGCUGGCGGACAGCCGCCGAGGCACCUCGCUGCGCUGCUGCGUGCGUUACAUCUGCCGCCCGACUGCACUGUACAGGUGCAGUAUAAGAUAACAACAGAUUUGGCGGAACAAGCUUCAGAAUUGUGUAUUGACUCGCCGAUAUCUUCACAUCGGAGUCCAACAUCCGCUCGUUGUUAGAACGAGAUUUCUCUUUCUCACACAUAAGAAAUCUUAUAAAUCAUUGAAAUUAUAGUUAAAAAGUUUUUAUUAUUCUAGUAAAAUUUUGUAAGCAAAAAUAACACUAACGGAUUCCAAUUAAAGGCAUAGACAAACAUAUCUGAUAAAAUUUUGAUAUACAACAAUAUGUACCCUUAUUUUAUAAUAUCAAA